CCUUCCAUCAGGAAACUCCGGUUAACCUUGAUAAACUCAAUAUAACACGGAACAACCUGCCAUCUCUGUCUGCGUCACGUUUCACCAUGUCUGUGUCCGAAAUUGUGCCUGGUGAAAGCUAUGAGGAGUGUCGGGCGACAGCUGAUUGGCUGCUGUCCAGCACACAAAUACGGCCGACUGUGGGAAUAGUAUGCGGCUCAGGUCUAGGGGGGCUGGCUGAGAUGCUCAAGGACCCUCAGGCUUUUAAAUACAGUGACAUUCCUAACUUCCCCCGGAGCACAGUGCAUGGUCAUGCUGGCCGGCUGGUGUUUGGAACACUAAAAGGGAAGCCGUGUGUUUGCAUGCAGGGCAGGUUCCACCUUUACGAGGGCUACCCCAUCCAGAAGAUCACGCUGCCAGUGCGCGUCUUCAAGCUGAUGGGUGUGGAAACGAUCAUCCUGACCAAUGCAGCUGGAGGCCUCAACCAGGACUACAAAGUGGGAGACGUCAUGAUCCUCAAAGACCACAUCAACAUGCCGGGGUUUGCUGGAAACAACCCACUGGCUGGACCAAAUGAUGACAGAUUUGGCGUCCGCUUCCCCUGCAUGUCUGAUGCCUAUGACCGCGAGCUGCGGCAGUUGGCCAACGACGUGGCAUCAGAGCUGGGCUACAGCGACUUCAUGCGGGAGGGAGUGUACUGCGUCCUGGGAGGUCCUUCUUUCGAAACCAUCGCUGAGUGUCGCAUGCUGCACAGACUGGGUGCUGAUGCUGUUGGGAUGAGCACUGUCCAUGAGGUCAUCGUUGCCCGCCACGCCGGGAUGCGUUGCUUUGCCCUGUCGCUCAUCAGCAACCGGGCAGUGAUGGACUAUGACAGCCAGGAGAGGGCCAACCACGAAGAAGUCCUGGAGACGGGCAGGCAGAGAGCCGAGCAGCUGGAGAAGUUGGUGUCCACCAUGGUGGCCCGACUGGAGCACAACAACAACAACUCCUUCUGAACAUGUGACCUGGUCCCAGGUCAGCUGUCCUGCUGUAUCUCUGCAUCACAGUGACAGGAGGUCAUUGCCAAAAGUGCUUCUUAGAAGGCUAAAAAAGCUGUAGCGCUAUGAACCCCCAGGGAGCGUUUACUAUUCGAUAAAUUUGUUUCUUUGCUUUGUUUCCAAUGACUGUUACUUUAAGUCUGGUCUUAAAAUCUUAGGAACUGCUCCACUUUUUAUGAUACACUCCUUUAUCAGCAUGUUUACAUUUUUUAGAUGUACAGAUGAAUGAUGCGACUAAUUCUCUGACAGAGCACUGCUGUGAUAUGUUAUAAUGACUAGUGUUUCAGUGAAACAGCAUCAUACUGUAAUUUUUAAAAUAAUAACUUUUAACUUAAUAAAAUAUGCAUAUUUAUUGUUUCAGUCAUUUUACAUUCCUUAAUAUCAGUUAACUAACAUGAAUACAGUGAUAUUCACAUUAUUUAAUGGAGAGGGCAACUUACCAUGCAUGUCUUCAUAAGAUCAUGGCUGAAAGGUGGAAAUAAUAAUGUCAUAUAAUGUAAAAGAGAUGUCAAAUGUCCUAAAAUAUUUAUACUAAUUAUAUUUAAGUGGUGUUUUUAUUUACUUUGAUGAUAUGUCAAGAAUUUGAUGAACAGUUGAAAAAAGGGAUUAUACUAACCUUCAGUUACCAAAGUAUACAGAUUUGAUCAAAAUCUCCUUCUAUGUCUUAUCAUUGUGUUAGCACUCUGGGAUUUUGACUGUCUGCGCUUUUAGAAGUACUUUACUAAACACUGUACAAACCAUGGAUCUACUUUCACAAUAAAAUGACUCAACUUACAACAA